AACUUCAACACGCUAGAAAGCAGAGAAAAGAAAAAUCGAAACUCGACAACGGCUUAUUGAGCCAUUGCAACGAACGGUUUCUGUCUCGGGUCUUGUGAAGUGUGUUUGUCAGUGAUUUAUUACGAAUAAGUGCAAAUUUAAGUGUUUUUGCGUUUUGUGUGAUAAUGGCCACGGCGCUCCCGCCGUCUCCCGCGUGAAACAGUAGACUAGUGCAGUACCCGGGCCCGCCGCAGCACCCGACCACGAUGAAAAUGGUGUUGUCUCAACGGCAACGAGAGGAGUUGAACAAAGCGAUCGCCGACUACCUAGGCAGUAAUGGCUACACGGACGCGCUGGAAGCGUUCAAGAAGGAGGCGGACAUGAGCGGCGAGAUGGAUCGCAAGUUCGGCGGCCUGCUCGAGAAGAAGUGGACGUCCGUCAUCCGGCUGCAGAAGAAGGUGAUGGAACUGGAGUCGAAGCUAUCUGAGGCGCAGAAGGAGUUCAUCGAGGGCGCUCCGACUCGCGCCAAGCGCACCCCUGCCGAGUGGAUCCCGCGCCCACCGGAGAAGUUCUGCCUCACCGGUCACCGCGCCACCAUUACCAAGGUUAUAUUCCACCCCGUCUUCAGUUUGAUGGUCUCCUCGAGCGAGGACGCCACCAUCAAAGUGUGGGACUUCGAGAGCGGCGAGUACGAACGAACCCUAAAGGGGCACACCGACUCCGUUCAGGACAUCGCCUUCGACCACCACGGCAAACUACUUGUUUCCUGCAGCGCGGACAUGUCGAUCAAACUGUGGGAGUUCAACCAGACGUUCGAAUGCGUGAAGACCAUGCACGGUCACGACCACAACGUGUCGUCCGUCGCGUUCUCGCCCAGCGGCGACAUCGUGUACUCGGCCAGUCGCGACAAGACCAUCAAGGCCUGGGAGGUCGCCACUGGAUACUGCAUCAAGACGUACAAGGGGCACCGCGAGUGGGUGCGCAUGGUGCGCGUGUCGCCGGAUGGCUCGCUGCUCGCGUCUUGCUCUAACGACCAGACCGUGCGCAUCUGGAACGCGGAGACCAACGAGUGCAAGAUGGAGCUCCGCGAGCACGAGCACGUGGUGGAGUGCAUCGCCUGGGCGCCGGCGGCCGCCGCGCCCGCCAUCAACGAGGCGGCCGGCGCCGACAACCGCCGCGCCUCCCACACCGGACCCUUCCUCGCCUCCGGCUCCAGGGACAAGUCCGUCAAGAUCUGGGACGUGUCGACGGGGCAGUGCCUGGCGACGCUGGUGGGGCACGACAACUGGGUGCGCGGCGCGGCGUGGCACCCGGGCGGCCGCUACCUGCUCACGGCCAGCGACGACAAGACGCUCCGCGUGUGGGACGUGCCGCACACGCGCUGCCUCAAGACGCUCUACGCGCAUCAGCACUUCGCCACCAGCCUCGAUUUCCACAGGAGCUUGCCAUACGUGAUAUCGGGCAGCGUCGAUCAAACCGUCAAAGUUUGGGAGUGUCGCUAGGAGCGUUGCCAUUUUAGUAACUUUAACUCACCGAUGAUAUCUUUAUCAUUAUUUUUUCACAUUAAAUAGCCGCAAUGAGAGCAAUGUGUAUUUGCGAUUUUAAUGGUUAAAUCAUUUUAGAACGGAGAAAUAGUUUUGAUAAUUUAUUGAUAAUGUUUCUUCCUUCGGCUCAUUGUGGAGCGUUCUCGAACGUUGACGAUGCUAUGUCCCCUCUUAAACUCUUCAUCAGAUCCUCUUUACUGUAAACUUUGGAUUCUCACAUUCCAUUCAAUUAUAAUGGCUCAUAGUAGUUUUAAGUGAAUUCGGUAUCUCCCAAGUGAUAAGCAGAAAUCCAUGUAAAAUCAGUUGCAAAAAUAGCUACAUCACACUACGUUGAUACUCAAUAUGAUAGUAGUAAAUAUUUGUAGUGGCGAGUAAAGUGGCGAAGAUAUCAAACCAACAAACUAUGUAGAACAAAUACCUCAAAACAUAAACACUAUACCCCCGUUUUUUUAAGAUUAGAUAUUUUCUAACCUCAAUUGUGGUAAUUAACUUUUUCUUCCGAAAUCUAGGGUUCCUAUGAUAUCUAAUAUUGCGGUACAUAGAUUUAAUUUUGGGGGAAAAAAUUACCACUACUUUUGUUGUUAUAUUAUUUCUAAUCUGAAAAAACGGACUAUUAUAUUCCUAUUGAAAUUAAAAAUGUGAGUUGUUUAGUAAUGUAUGUAUUUUUGCAAUAGGAUUGUACUCAAAAUAUGGAUGUAGCAUUUGUCAUGCGGCCGACGGGAACGACGGAGUGAGGAGUAAAAGCUGUGUUAUAAUUUAACAUUUCAUUAUUCUACGUUUUAUUUUAUAGUUAUGGUUUAUUCAUAAGAUUUGUUUAGAUAUAAAUUUUAUUUGGUAUUAAUAGUUAAUUUCUUACGUGUCCACUCUAGAGAAAAAUAUUUGUACCUCGAUUUGUUUUAUGGUAGUUUAGUUUACAAAAUUUUUGAUAUUGUUGAUUAUUCAUGACAAUCGUCCUGGAUGGUUGGUUGCAUGCGUGCCCGGGGUGCCCGUCUCCACCAUGGUGGCUCCCCGAGGCAGCCACUCCAGGGAGGAUGAUCGGAGUGAGCCGCCUUUGUACAUAUGUUUCGUGUCAGUCUCUGGUGGAUCCACUCUCAUUGUGCUUGUUCGCUGCCAGUGCCAACAGCAUUAAUGGAAGUCUCCAGGGAUUUGAAACUAAAUUCAUACAUUAGAUACGUGUUCCGUUGGUUGUUGUGGGCGCUUUUUAUGUGCAGUUUCGUAGGGACUUAUUUUAAGUUUUGGCGAUUCAAAACUUUAACUAUAAGUUAGAGUGUUAUAUUUAAAAGUUUUAAUUAUUUAUUAUUAACGAUUAAAUCUUCAGUGUAUGCUGUCUUGAAAGUUUUUUUUACGCAGAAUUGCUAGAUGACAACUUAGUUCAAAACUAUGCAAUCGCUUACAUCGACGCGUUACUAUUAGAUCAUCCAUAAUUAAUCAUUUGAGCUUACGACGUUUAAAGUGUGUGAUAUUGAUAUGCAUUAGUAAUUCGUGUUAUCAUUUCAAUCUCAUUGAGGUAGCUAGAUGCAAAGAUAAUAUUUAAUUAUUUCAAUUGAGUUUGAUACAAUAGUUAUUAUUUAUUGCUAUUUUGAGGAUUUCAAUGGGUUUGAAUACCCGAUAUUUUUACUAGGAAUUAGUAGUAGUUGUAGGUGAGUAUAGUCAUACUUUUAGACGCUUUACCGUGUUGACGCCUAUCGGAGCCCUUGUACAUUGCCUGGCUCAGAUAUAUAACGGUUGAAAUUAUAUGAGAUGAACUAGUUCUAACAAAACAAUCCACACAAUUAUCAACCUUAUUAUCAAUGCAAGAAAAUUCAAAUUAAGGUUCAUCUCAAUAACUUCAAGUAGAAGGUCAUGCGAUACUAGACUAUCUAUCCGACAACUUCAGCCAGUGGCUUGAGGGACCUUCAUUUGUUCUAAAGAACUGAGACGUUUGUACCGUACACGUUACUUUCAGUUUUUCGAAGCAAAUGGUAUGUCGCCAGCAGUACAGGUUCUCCCAUAAAUGUGCUUGAAACCUAGUGCCCACAUCAGUAACACUGUACUGGGUCACCGGCUAAAUACCUAUACUUAAACAUUGAGAUUAUAUUAAGCAUGCGAGGGUGUACAGCGCCUGUUGUUAAGCUAUAAUGGUACGUAUUUAGUAGCCAUUCGCUUACUCAAUGUGACAUCGUAAAUACAUGGUGAUAUCAUCUUAAUUGAUUUGAAGCUUGCAAACUACAUUUAUGUACAAUUUAUCAAGUAAAUUAUCUGCACUCACAUGAAUAUAAUUAUUAUAAAUGCUUACAGUAAAAAUAAAAUAUGUAUACCAAUAAUUAUCAUCAUACAAAAUUCUCCGAUACCUAGAGAGACCACUGAAGUAGGUAUGCAAUGCAGGCUACUAUUACCAUAUAUGAGAAUUUUGUAUUUACUCAGUAAUCCUGUAUUUUGUCUAAAUUUAUAAAUAGAAAAUAAUUACCAAAAUUGUAAUAGAAUUUGGUUUAAAUAUUGUGUAAAUAAAACAAUUAAAUUAUA